UACACAUACCCUCUCAUUCCCCGAUGCUUCAGGGGCGGAAUCUUAACGCCGGAUGAUUAACUGGAACGGGUUUUAUGGAGUACUUUGAUUUCGGUAUCUAGCAGGAUCUUACAGCGAAUGGAAUCAUGCUCAUUCUUUUCUAGGCAACCUUCGAUCCCGAAUUUGCAAUAUGUGCGUGACAAUUGCGGGCUUGUAUCUUCCCCAUGGACAGAGACUUGCGUCUACCCCUUGUCGCCGAAAGUCUGGUUAUUAUCGUCGGUCUCAGCUCGGUGUGUCCCUUCUCGCAUCAUCCUUUCCGUUUUUGCGGCGCUUCUGCGAAGCAGGUCUUGGGAAAUCGAUGGAAGCUAAGGAGGUACAUACUACUUGGUUGGCUCUCUUUCAAGUCGAAUGUCCACCCAUCGCCAUCGGUUCGUUCUUACUCCUUCACCAUUACCGGAAACGGGAUGCAGUGCGUUCAAGUGAGGCUGCGGACCCAUCGCAUUGGUACCCUAUCGUCGUUCGCAUUUCAGAAGCAGCACGACGGGAGUAUCGCAUACCGAUAUUGCGAUGUCUUGCUCUCAACAAGAUCAGUGGCUUAUUCCCCGGUCGAGGGCAUGACCUCCAGUCAGAUUCGGGUUCUUUGGAUCAGUCCUACGGCGAGUGUCUCUCAAAUGGGAGGUUUCAUCUGCCUCCUCUGCCUCCUCCCAUCGCUGAUGUUGCUUCUUUACCGGCGAUGAGGUACGUCGACAUUGCUACCAUGGCGCCCCGGUGUCGUGCCGCUCGAUGUCCAGUGUUGAUGCUCCGGCGGCCAACACAGCUGCUGUUCCCUCGUCUUGGAAGUCGUUCUAACACUUUGCCGCCAGGAUCCUCAAUUGUUACACUGAUCUAGCCCCUUUUGAAGUGACUUUCUGAGUCUCUUCAUCUUUCGUCACCUUAUCUCCACACUCCUCAACGCUCCUAGAUCUAGCGUCUGUGAUGCCAAGCUCUAGCGUCUGUGAUGCCAAGCUGAGAUGACCAUCUAGUAUGAGUUGGGAUCGGGAUGGGAUUGAUCAUAAGGAAAGUCGCUGAGGAACAUCAAACAUCAUGAUCCAGACCCACAGAAAGCCAUCUGUUCCAGAUACUCAGACGAAAACCGCCACUGUAGGGUGGAGGCGGUGGGUGGUGGUAGUGUUUACUUUCGUGUUGCUACUGUGCUUGCUGCUGGUUUCGCAUCUCGCUUCUUACUAAACUCGCGCCUAUUCCUUUUGUAUUCCAGUUUGUCUCGGACAAACCUGCGGCACUUGUGCUUGA